AUAUAAUAACUGGUUCCAUCUCGCAGUGGAUAGGCAGUUAGAACUGAUCGCUCCCUUGACAGGUUCCAUAGGCGCGCAGUGAGGCAUCUAGAGCAAGCAAGUUGGGUGACUUAUUUUAUCAGCUGUUUGGAAGCCUGUUUCUGCGCUUGUUGGAUAUACAUUUUUCCUCACCAUGGCUGUCACAGAGGCUGGAUGUGAUUUGACUUAUUGCAAAAUGAGGGGCAUUGUAACAGUUCUUACUGCUUUCAUCAAGGAAAGGAAAAUGGGCCUGAAUGACUUCAUCCAGAGGCUAGUGUCUAACCCGCACAUCUGUCAACACUCUGAAGUUAACACAUUCCUGAAGAUUGAUGAAAACCAGAAUGAUGAGAUGGAAAAUGAUGAAUAUGGACAUAGUCCUAUGUGCUUGAAAUCGACAAGAACCUCAUUGGCUGAGGAGUAUCAGGUCAAGCCAUGUGACUUUGACUACCUGAAAAUCAUCGGAAAAGGAAGCUUCGGGAAGGUGCUACUGGCUCGGCAUAGGGAAAGUACUAAGUAUUAUGCUGUCAAGGUUCUUCAGAAGAAAAUCAUUUUAAAGAAAAAAGAACAAAAGCACAUCAUGGCAGAGAGAAGCGUUUUGAUGAAGAAUAUAAAGCAUCCCUUCCUGGUAGGACUGCACUACUCCUUCCAGACAACCGACAAACUCUAUUUUGUACUCGAUUACGUCAAUGGAGGAGAGCUGUUCUACCAUCUCCAGAGAGAGAGGGUAUUCCUGGAGCCCAGAGCCAGGUUCUAUGCUGCUGAGAUAGCCAGUGCACUUGGCUACCUCCAUUCCCUGCAUAUCGUUUACAGAGACCUCAAGCCUGAGAAUAUCCUACUAGACUCUCAGGGCCAUAUCGUCCUGACUGAUUUUGGUCUUUGCAAGGAGGGUUUGGAGCCCACUGGAACUACCAGCACCUUCUGUGGGACUCCAGAGUACUUAGCCCCUGAGGUGUUGCAGAAGCAGGCGUAUGAUCGCACCGUUGACUGGUGGUGUCUGGGGUCCGUGCUCUAUGAGAUGCUCUAUGGCCUGCCUCCCUUCUACAGUCGCAACACUGCUGAAAUGUACAACAGCAUCCUGCACAAGCCUCUGGUGCUGAAGCCCAACGUGUCCAAUGCAGGCAGGGAGAUGCUUGAGGGACUCCUGCAGAAAGACCGCACAAAGAGGCUGGGCGCAAAAGAUGAUUUUAUGGAACUCCAGUUCCAUUCGUUCUUUUCACCCAUCAAUUGGGAGGAUCUUAUGGCCAGGAAGAUCAUACCUCCAUUCAUUCCCUCAGUGAGUGGACCCACAGACCUGCAACACUUCGACACAGAGUUCACCCACCUCCCAGUGACAUCCUCUCUGUGCAACACUGACUCCCUGAUGGUGACCAGCAGCAUCAGGGAGGCGGCAGGAGCCUUCCCUGGCUUCUCCUAUGGCCCACCUGCUGACCACAACUUCAUGUAAAGGCACAUACCUCUGUCUUCCUCAUUUCCGACCCAGAGAACACAGAGCCCGAGGACAAAGAGAAGAGAGAACACAAUGCAUCAGUCUGGGAAUUCACAACCGACUGGAACACCCUGGGAUGGUUAUGGCAUGGACUGCUGACAAGAAGUCUGACAUGCUGAUCUUGUGGAUAUGAACUUGUGAGGGGACCCCUACUCCUCUCCACUAUUGGAAGUGAUGCAAAGAGUGCCAAGUUAACAAAAAAUAGUGAAAACUCGUCCUCUAAAAACAGAAGAUGUUGCUUUCUAAUGGUUAUGGACCACAGCCCUUUGCCAGGAGACCUGUGAAGUGCCUGAGGCUAGAAGGCUAUUUGAAAAAGUAGCUAUUGAGCUAAACAAGAGCCAGUAGCAUCAAAACUUAAGACUGACCAUCUAUGUGGACUACUGACCAUGGAGGUAGCUGUAGAUUUCCAUGGCCUUAUGAUAUUCUCCAUCAUCUUAAAGAACCAUUUGUCUCUUCUCAUUUCUGGUUGUUUUUUAUGCGAAUGAUCAGUUGCACUUGAGAAAACAGGGCCAAUCUUAACUGAGUAGAUAGUUGCAUAUCUGGUCCCUUUUAAAUUGAAAUGUCAGUUACAGAAGGCAAACAACCAAUUGACCUGGCAUUUCAACAAAAUGUUUGCAUUUGUUAAUACCAAAUGUAUUUGACCAAAUGAUGAACUGUGGUACUUUUAAAUAGUUUGUUGACCAAUGUAUUCUCAAACUACAGUUUCACAAAGUCAGUUGUCACAAUCCUUGUGGUAUCUUUAUGUUGUGGCAAUGUUUUACACGACAGUAGCUUUUUUUUUAUAAGAACUGUCUUAAGAACUUAAAAUCUGUACCUGCUCAUUAUUUGCUUGAAACUCAAAUCUUAUAUAUUUGCUAUAUCUAAAUGUUUAACUCUUACAUAUGACAUGAAAACUAGUCAAAUUCAUGUUUUAUUUUCUUACCUUUUGUCUUUGAAUAUCUUCACUUCAUCUAUUUACCGUCUGAGACUGUGUUGACUUGAAGUCACAUCUACUGUUUGUAAACAUUCAGAUAUUUUUAUCCAUGAAUUCAGAUAAUGCGAUGUGCAGUUUUAUUAGCAAUAAUAGGCUUGUAUUGAUAAUACAUAAUAUAGCAACUUCUUGUGUGAAUGUGUGUUUCAUAUCAAACACUCCAGAUAAUCCACCGUCAGAUUGUUUUAAAUGCAUCAUGUACAAAGUUCCUAGAAUAGAGAGCUGUGAAUGUUUUUUUUUUAUUUUGUCAAGUGUGCCUGUCCAGUGAUGUAAGUCUCCUACCCUGGCACUCCAUCAUGUUUGUACUGUAUGUACAUAUAUUGAAUCUUCCCUGUAAUCUUAAGGCUCUAUAUUAGGACCUGAAAAGCUUUGAACUAAAGAAAACUAAAAUCAGAAACAGGUUUUCAGAUAGUACUGCUACACAUGGCUCUGGAAAGUGCAAUAAAAUCUCAGACAAGAAAGAUUA